AUGUUCGGCUGCCCAGAGGUGGAACGCAGCAAGACACACGCAGACCUGCUCUCACUUGGUACUUCUCGGCUGGCAUUUUCAUAACAAUGGCUAACUGUGAACUGAUUAGGCUAUUUGCUUACAAGACCACCACUGGAAAAUGUAUUUCUGACAUCAUAGAAGGCUAGCUAUUUUGAUGUCUUUUGUCAGCCAUGCUAAUGGCUUAAAUUAGGACUCACCAGCUUGGUGAAGAUAUUGAAUGUUGAUCUAGAUGACAAGCUACAGGUAUACAAGGUCAGUCAGCCUUGGCGAUAACAGCCGAAACGUUGUGUAUAUGUGGGUGCAGGAAUAAGGCAUGGGAGUGGCAUAUAGCCUACCGUGUGCACUGUGCAGGUAUUUCUUUGCUUUAUUAUCUAUGACUGGUGGAGAAAUAUAGGAUCUGCAUAUCACCUCAAAACGAUUCAUUCUCCUGUGACCGUGUGUGUAUAACCCUUGUGUGUGUUAUAACACUGUUAUCCUGUAUCUGUGUAGCGUUCACAGCAGAGCAGUACCAGCAGCACCAGGAGCAGCUGGCACUGAUGCAGAAACAGCAGCUGGAGCAGAUCCAACAGCAGCAACAGACACAGCCGCAGGCCAACACAGACACAUCCUCUACUACUACAACAUCCUCAGCACCACCACCCAACACACAGGUCAGACACCACUCUUUUACACACACAAACCUCCAAAAGCUCCAAAAUAGCCCUGUCUGUGUAUUUCACCCAGCGUUUCCCCUACCAUUGUAAAGGCAAGGCAGGCCCCCCUCUCUAGCCCUCCUAAAAGAUGUUAGAAAAACCACUGAUUUCACGGUUUGACAAUUUGUUUGUUCAGUGGUACGUAGAAUGUCUGACUUGGUCUCUCUGUCCACCCUCCCCUCCAGUGUAUAAUCUCUAAGACGUUAGACUCUGCCAGCGCCCAGUUUGCUGCCUCUGCCCUGGUGACCACGGACCAGCUGAUGGCCUUCAAGGCCAAGGAGGAGGGGGUUCUGGGAAGUGGAGUCAACGGGGUCCUCCCAGGCUCAGGUGAGCAGCACCGCUGAUCUGUAGUUCACUUCAUAGCAGAUUACCAAUGAAUACAAUGAAAUAGAUGGGACUGGAGAGUUACAUUUUAGUAAUUUAGCAGACGCUCUUAUCCAGAGUGACUUUGUCGACCACAUAUCAGUCAUUGCAAGUCAAGUGUUCAAUUGAGGAAGUGUUCAAUGUAUCUCUUAUAAAUGUAUUUUGUCUUUCCCCAUCUCUCUCAGGAGUGUACAAGGGCUUACACCUGGCCAGCACCACCCAUCACCCCAACAGCAACCAGACUCCCACCCCUCCUCCAUCGACCCCCACCUUCCUCCAGCCCUCAUCCAACCACUCCUCUACCUUUCCGUCCCCCGUCACGGCCUCUUCUCUCACAUCCCUUCCCAACGCCUAUCACACCCACCUGGGUAACAAUGCUGCAAACUCCUCCCCCACCACCACUCAGGUCCUGAUUGGGAAUAACAUCCGUCUGAGCGUGCCCUCCUCCUCCCCUGCCCUCCCCAGCCUUGGCGGCACCACCACGCACCACAUACCCAUGGCCCUGGGAGCCGUGCCCUCCUCUGCCUUAAAGAUGACUGCCAACACCAACUGUCAGAUGCCCAACAAGGUCACCGGGGCUUCUACCAUGGACAUGGGAUCCAGGUAAGAUGAGUUGAUAUACUCUGACUGAUGUACUAUGCAUGUCUCUCACAUUGUACCCUAUUCUCUAUGUAGUGCCCUAUGGGCAAUGGUCAAAAGUAGUGCACUAUAUAUGGAAUAGGGUGCCAUGUCUUGAUUGCCUAAUGUUGAGUGGGAGCUGUGUAUUACAACAAAAGUUUGACACUGUUUGUAUUCCUCCUCCAGGGAUAAUCCCAAUCAAGACAAGCCAGCUCUGAACAGUAUAACGGACAACACAGUGGCCAUGGAGGUGACGUAG